AUGUGGUCAUUAUUACAAACCAACUUGCUCUUAUUCAUUUUGCUGUAUUCCUAUUUUUCUUCUGCUGUAGCCUCUUCUCUGUUUCCCUCCUCCUGUCAGUUACAGAGACAAUUUCAUCUAAAUGGCAUGCACAAGAGUGGAGAUGUCAUUCUGGGUGGAUUGUUUCAAGUCCACUUUUUUUCAAGCGUUGCUGACCUGUCUUUUACCUCACAGCCACAACAGCCUACUUGCCAUGGUUUUUAUGAACUAGGAUUUAGGCAGGCACAAACCAUGGCCUUUGCUAUUGAUGAGAUCAACAGAAACUCCAACCUGCUGCCAAAUGUCACUCUUGGAUAUACUCUUUAUGAUAACUGUGUCACACUUGGAAUUGGAUUCCGUGCAGCAUUGUCAUUAGCCAGUGGUCAAGAGGAAAACAUUAUAUUAGAUAAUAGAUGUACUGGAAAUCUUCCAGUCAUAGGGAUUGUGGGUGAUUCUUCCUCUACACAUUCUAUUGCCAUUUCCAACGUCUUAGGUUUGUACAGAGUACCCAUGGUGAGUUAUUUUGCCACUUGUUCCUGCCUAACUGACCGUCAAAAGUAUCCAUCCUUCUUUAGAACAAUACCAAGUGAUGCUUUCCAGGUACGUGCUAUGAUUCAGAUUCUAAAACACUUUGGCUGGACUUGGGCAGGUCUUCUUGUCAGUGAUGAUGAUUACGGACUUCACGCAGCCAGAUCUUUGCAAUCUGAUCUCAGUCUGUCGGGUGAAGGAUGCCUGGCUUACUUCGAGAUUUUACCCUGGGACAAAGACAUGGAUGAACUCAGGAGGAUUGUGAAUGUGAUGAAAAUGUCCUCAGCUCGAGUUGUCAUUGUCUUUGCACAUCAUAGUCGCAUAGUAAACCUUAUGGAAGAGGUAGUGAGGCAAAAUCUAACUGGCCUACAGUGGAUGGCCAGUGAAGCCUGGACAGAAGCUACUGUGCUCCAAACACCUCAGCUCAUGCCAUAUCUGGGUGGAACACUGGGUAUUGCAAUUCGUCGAGGAGAAAUACCAGGGCUCAGGGAAUUCCUCUUACAAAUACGUCCUGACCUACAUCACAAUAACAGCUAUGGAAAUAGCAUGGUGAAUCAGUUUUGGGAAUUCACAUUUAAGUGCAGAUUUGCACCAGCUCCAACAGGCUGGGUAGAAGGUAGAGGUACAUUAUGCACUGGAGAGGAAGAUCUGGACCAUGUGGACUCUGAGUUUUUGGAUAUUUCCAACCUCCGGCCAGAAUACAAUGUGUACAAAGCUGUAUAUGCUUUAGCAUAUUCCCUUGAUGACAUGUUACGGUGCAAGCCAGGAAGAGGACCUUUCCGUGGCCACAGCUGUGCCACAUUGCAAACAUUGGAACCGUGGCAGCUUAUUUAUUAUUUGGAAAUGGUCAAUUUUACCACUCCAUUUGGUGAUCAAGUGUCAUUUGAUGAGAAUGGUGAUGUGGUGCCAAUUUAUGAUGUGAUGAACUGGUUGUGGCUCCCUGAUGGAAACAUUAAAAUUCAAACUGUGGGUGAGGUUAAGAGGUCUGCUUUCAAAGGUGAAGAACUCAUACUUGAUGAAGACAAAAUCUUCUGGAACUUUGAAUCCAAAAAGCCACCUCGAUCAGUAUGUAGUGAGAGCUGUCCUCCUGGUACCCACAUGGUGAGAAAGAAGGAGGAACCCAAAUGCUGUUUUGACUGCAUCCCUUGUUCUGAGGGAAAAACCACUAACAAGAGCAAUUCCUUGGAGUGCACCAAUUGUCCAGAGGAUUUUUGGUCAAACCCCCAGCGUGAUCACUGUGUUCCCAAGAAGACCGAGUUCCUCUCCUACCAUGAGCCUCUGGGUAUUUGCUUGACAGCAAUUUCACUGCUGGGAACAUUUAUAUGUGUUAUUGUUCUAGGAAUCUUUUUCUACCAUCGCAGAACACCUAUAAUACGUGCCAACAAUUCAGAACUUAGUUUUCAGCUAUUGCUGUCACUCAAGUUGUGUUUCCUUUGUUCACUGCUGUUCAUUGGACGACCUAGGCUAUGGACAUGCCAACUCAGGCAUGCAGCAUUUGGGAUCAGCUUUGUGCUGUGUGUCUCAUGCAUCCUGGUAAAAACCAUGGUAGUUCUGGCUGUGUUCAAAGCCUCCAAGCCAGGAGGGGGAACCAGUCUGAAGUGGUUUGGUGCUAUGCAGCAGAGAGGAACAGUUCUGUUUCUUACAGCUAUUCAAGCAGCCAUCUGCACUACCUGGCUUGUUUCUUCCUCUCCAACUCCACAUAAAAACACCCAAUACCACAAUGAUAAAAUCAUUUAUGAGUGUGCAGUUGGGUCAACUGUUGGUUUUGCAGUGUUAUUGGGCUAUAUUGGGAUGCUAGCUUUCCUCAGUUUUCUAAUUGCAUUCCUGGUGAGGAAUCUCCCUGAUAGUUUUAAUGAGGCCAAGCUCAUCACAUUCAGCAUGCUGAUCUUCUGUGCUGUGUGGGUGGCCUUUGUUCCUGUUUAUAUCAGCUCACCAGGAAAUUAUGCAGAUGCAGUGGAGGUAUUUGCCAUCUUGGCCUCAAGUUUUGGACUCUUGGUCACAUUGUUUGGACCCAAAUGUUACAUAAUCCUGUUGAGACCAGAGUUGAACACAAAGAAAGCUAUAAUGGCUCGCCGCAAUGGAACACAGAUUUUUCAUAUACAGUAG